AACGGUUCCACCCAACGCCGCCACGGCGCCACAGAGAAAACCCUACAUAAACCUUGAAACUUCACUCAUUCUGAGACUUGUAUGCUCCACUGCCGAUGGGUUCAUGUUUCUUCUAUUUCUUGCUCCCCAAGCUCUCGAACUAUUACUGGAAAACAUAGUUCUAAAGUUGAAGAUAUCAACCUAGGGUUUCUGUGUUAUAGGGUUUUAGACAAAAUACAAUGGCGAGAGCGUAUGCUGCAGGCCUUGUUUCUGCUCUGGCGUCGGCUUCGUUAGCAGUGGAGCAUGCUUACGCCGAUGGGCCUUUCAGUUUCUCUCCAUUUUCACAUUCUCCAUCUUCUUUGACUCCUCAAGCCUCUCAUGAAGCUCCUCCGCCCGAGUCAUCUGCGAAAGAGGAACCUCAACGGGUUCGGAAUGAUAACCCACGGACAACGGCGGCUGGGUUCGAUCCAGAAGCGCUUGAGCGGGGAGCCAAGGCUGUACGAGAGAUUAACAGCUCCUCGCAUGCCAAAAAGGUGUUUGAGGUGAUGAAGAAACAAGAAGAGACGAGGCAGUCGGAAUUAGCUGCAAAGAAAGCCGAGUUUCAGGCAAUGCAAGCUCAAUAUGAGACCGAGAGACAACGGGUAAUAUAUGAAGAACAGAAAAAACUUGUCCAACAACAGGCACAAACAAAAGCUCAAAUGGCUCGUUAUGAGGAUGAAUUGGCAAGGAAACGGAUGCAGGCAGAGAAUGAAGUUCAAAGAGCAAGAAAUCAAGAGCUUGUAAAAAUGCAAGAAGAAUCAUCCAUCAGGCAAGAGCAAGCUCGGCGAGCAACAGAAGAACAGAUUCAAGCACAACGUCGGCAAACUGAGAGGGAAAAGGCUGAGAUAGAGCGUGAAACAAUCAGAGUUAGGGCUAUGGCAGAAGCAGAGGGGAGAGCCCAUGAAGCAAAGUUAGCAGAAGAGGUAAAUAGACGGAUGCUAGUAGAACGUGCAAAUGCUGAGAGAGAGAAAUGGGUUGCUGCCAUAAACACGGCAUUUGAGCAUAUAGGAGGUGGCUUGCGGGCCAUAUUGACAGACCAAAAUAAGCUGGUUGUAACUGUUGGUGGAGUGACAGCACUUGCAGCAGGGAUCUACACAACGAGAGAAGGUGCUAGGGUGGUUUGGGGAUAUGUUGAUAGAAUAUUAGGACAACCAUCUCUGAUCAGAGAGUCCUCUAGAGGGAAGUAUCCUUGGUCAGGUGUCUUCUCUCGUGCCAUGAGCACACUAUCACAUAAAGCUGACAAAAGAUCUACUUCCAAAAAUGGAAGUGGCUUUGGUGAUGUGAUUUUGAACCCUUCUCUUCAAAAAAGAAUUGAACAACUUGCAGGUGCUACUGCAAAUACAAAAUCCCACCAGGCACCAUUCCGCAACAUGCUCUUCUAUGGCCCUCCUGGAACAGGGAAGACAAUGGCUGCUAGAGAACUUUCUCGCAAAUCUGGAUUGGAUUAUGCAUUGAUGACUGGUGGGGAUGUUGCACCACUGGGACCACAGGCUGUUACCAAGAUACACCAGUUAUUUGACUGGGCUAAGAAGUCCAAGAAGGGCUUAUUGCUCUUCAUUGAUGAAGCAGAUGCAUUUUUGUGCGAGCGAAAUAAGACCUACAUGAGUGAAGCUCAACGCAGUGCUCUCAAUGCCCUCCUCUUUCGCACAGGUGACCAGUCCAAGGACAUAGUCCUUGCCCUUGCUACCAAUCGCCCUGGUGAUCUUGAUUCUGCUGUUGCUGACCGUAUUGAUGAGGUCCUUGAAUUUCCCUUGCCUGGGGAAGAGGAGCGCUUCAAACUCCUUGAACUCUAUUUGGAUAAAUACAUUGUUCAGGUUGGACAAAGGAAGUCUGGCUGGCUUCCAUCUUUAUUUCGUCGACAGCAACAGAAGAUAGAGGUGAAGGGUUUGUCGGAUGAUGUUAUCAGGGAAGCUGCUAUCAAGACUGAAGGAUUCUCAGGAAGGGAGAUAGCAAAGCUGAUGGCAAGUGUUCAAGCUGCAGUUUAUGGGAGCAAGGACUGUGUGCUUGAUGCAAACUUGUUUCGUGAGGUGGUGGAUUACAAGGUUGCAGAGCACCAGCAGAGAAGGAAACUUGCUGCUGCUGAAGGCGGUAGCAUUUAAAUUCUCUGCUCGAAUUGAGGUAUGGCAUUUCUUUAUUUCGGGUAGUGUUAAAGUCAGCAGGCUAUAAAGAAGCAGGUGAGUAUCUGAUUUUCUUUUUUGUUAGACCCCUUUGUUGGGGUUUUUUGUUGUCAUUAUUAUUGCCCCCGUCAAGGUGGGGGAAUUUUGGAUGGUCAUCUAUAUUUUAUCUUACCAAUUAAAGCUGAUAGAUAACGAAGGAUAUUUGGAACAUUCAUGUCCUUMGCAUUUGUUGCA